UCUGUGAUGGCGAGCUGGAGGUUUACGGCGCUAGCGUUACUGCUCGUUGGAGUUCAGUCAGUGCUCUGCGUCGACGAUGAGGAUGCCAAGUGCGACGUGACUAAGGCUACAACCUGCUACUGGUCCCAGGCGAAGGUCCACAGUGUCAAUAUCUUGGUUCCAAAAGAGUCAGCACAGAAAUACCCAGGCGAUGUGUGCCGCUCAGAGGAGGAACUUCCCGUGGCUUCUGUAUGCGAGGAUUACUACGGCGCUUGCGAGGAAUCCCAAAAGGUUCUGUUCAGACACAAGGAGAAUGGAUACGCUAUUCUGCGGACCCUUCUUCUCAAUAAGACGAUCUGCAACGGUGUGGAGUUGCUGGCUGCCUGCGUUCAGAAGGACGUCAUGGGAAACUGCAACGCUCGGUUUGCCGACGAUUACUCUCUCUUGAACGCCGAGGCAAACGAAAAGGCUGCCCAGAAUCUCAGCCAGUGCCUCGACCUUGCCCUAAAGCCCUGUGUAAACAUUGUACACGAUGUUACUCGCUCGGGGUACAUGAAAAAGUUGGCCGCUGCCAUGAAUGAUCUGUACAAGGUACCGGAGCAUCCCGUGCCGACAACCCCUACUGCCGUGCCAACAACCCCGACAACCACCACGGAGAUUUCGACUCCGGUGCCCUCAGCUGCCACCACGUCCACAACGCACGAGCCUAUGACAUCAACAACCCACGAGCCGGUCACUUCCACGACCCAAGAGCCGGUCACUUCCACGACCCAUGAGCCUGUCACCAACGCAACCGGGGUGCCUCCGACCACGCCAGCUCCCCCUAGUGCAGCUUCGACUGUGAAAACGGUUGGCGCUUUCGGCGUAGUCGCACUGGCAUGGCUUGUGCGGGCUGCGUGAG